GGGGAGCCGAUAAGGCCUGCUAAAGACGGGCCAGAGGAUGGGGCUGCUGUUUCUGCUGUGGAAGUUUGGACGGCACAAAGGGUGUUUGAGGGUCUAGAGCAGCCAAGCAGUGUGUUACUCUCUGUCCCGUUGGCGUGCACCCGCAAUCCGCCGCUUAGCCGCACAGACGCAAAGAUACACAGACAGCUAGACACAUGACGAUCGAUCUGGAGGUGACGCAGGGGAAGAUGUCGACGGCACGGAAGGAGCGGUCGCUGCCCGAUGCACACCGGUUUGGACAGGCAGUGCUGAAGAAGCGGUCCCACUACCUCAACGUGGCGCUCACGUCGCCACACUGGCAGUUGAAGGACUUGCUCAUCUCGUCGUCGUACUCGUCGUACGACGAGGACUACGGGGGGAACCAGGACCCGACGUUCUACUUCCCGUACAAGAACCGGAUCUUCUCGUUCAACUACUCGGCGCUGCUGGGGGCAGACGGCAGUGCACGGUCGAACGUGCACACGCGGAUCCUCAAGUACUCGUCGAUCAAGUUCCAGUCGAGCCCCCGGUGCUUGAAGCAGCUGGAUGGGAUCGUCGUCAUGGGCGGCAUCACCGACUCGUUCGACCCGGACACAAACCCGGUCGGGCUCCAGAAGGGCUCGUUCUCCGUGUGCAACCCGCAGACGGCGGCCACGGAAAACAUCCAAAUCGGCGAGUUCAUCACCAACUCCGUCUCCAUCAACAAGCUGGCGUCCUCCGGCUCGAGCCACUAUCGCUCGUACCUCUGCAACAACGACAAGUUUCUCUACCAGUUCGACAUCACCCCGUCCCGCGUCAUCCAGUCCGCCAACCCGGUGUACCUGAAGGUGGCGUUGAAUCACUCUAUUCUCUCAAACGACAACUCCACCCUCGUCACCGUGGGCGACUCCCCGAAGAUCUUCAUCUCCCACCCUCAGGAGGGCACUCCGAAGGAUGGCGGCGGCGGCAGCCCCAGUACCAAGAACUUUGACAUCCUCCAGACCCCGGGCGACUGUGGGUUUUCCACCAGUUUCCUCUCCAACGGAUACCAGUUCAUCACAUGUUUCCAGGAUGGUCUAGCGUUGAUCUACGACAUGAGAAACCUAUCCGCCCCGCUCCAUUCCAUCCAUUCCACCCGCCCGAAAACUCAGCCGGGGGCCUUCCGUGUCGUGAAAACCUCAAACUACAACGACGACCUGAUCUGUCUCUCCGAACACCAGGGACGAGUACACCUCAUUGACAGCAGAAACUUUAACAAUCACUCCGUCUUGCUACUCCCAAAGUACCUGUACAAUGUCCCUCCCUCGAUCAGCGUCUCCUAUAUGAAUGAUAACAGUUGCGACGAUAUCCACGUGAAUACAGAUGAUGACAACUCACCAUCAGGUAUGGAAACUGAUGACGACGAUGCACGUAGCAGUAAUCACAUUGGAAGAGAGAGACAGGACCACUACUCGAAUCUUUUCGGAAAAUACCCUAUUGCUAUCUCGACGGAUAGCAAGAAAGACCUUUCCAAACAGUGGUACAACCAGCCGAUAGUAAAGGAUAUUGAUGAUUUUAAAGACCUCUCUCAUUUUGGUGGAGAUUUGAACCUAGGAUAUUUAGAAAGCUACAGAUAUAUGGAUACUCGGUUCCGCAAUCAUGGAGGCACCUACUCUUCCAAUCACAACGAGUCAAGAGGGGAAGAUCGGCCGUACAAGAUUGUUCUACAGGGAACUUUUGACAGAGAGGAUCUUUUGAAAAGGAAACUGUCCACCAACUACAGCCCGCAAUCUAGCAGUUUGCUUACUUACAAGGGAUCGCAAGUGUACCCUCUUCAAUUCAGGAAAAGGAUAGGUAAAUUCAACAGACUCAAAGGAGACAGAAAUAGCGAUGACAUGGAUAUGUCCGACAAUGAAAACGAAGAUGACGACUACGACGAUGAAUACGAUGAUGAUAUUGGAAACAAAUAUACCGAAACCAGAUAUAUCAGCCAACAGUGCUGGUGGAAUAACGAAAACCUUGGGAAUGCUGGGAACUUCAGGGAAAUUUGGCCGUGGGGUAAACAAGUUGUCAGUGAAAGUGGUGAUGAUGAUUCCUACAACGAUGAUGAAAACGAGGAUAGUGAAGUUUAUGACAGUUCAGCUAUAAUGGAAACCCCACUCCGAGAUCCGUUCUUUUAUGUUGACUCAGAUAUCGAGAUCAAUGGAUUGGAACUUGCAAAUAGGAAUGGGAAAUCAAUGCUAUGUAUAGGAACCAAGGAAGGCAUUAUUUUAUGGGAUAUUAAUAACUGGCAAAGGAAGUGUUUCCCCUCCUUUGGGUAUGCUUAAAGAAGAAAGCUUUGUAGUUUUUGUUAUAGGAAAUAUAUUGUCGAAAAUCCAUUUUUU